CAACCACCCCUGUCAUAGAUACCACAACCACUAAAGCUCCUACAACAACACCUAAACCACCAACUACAACAGAAGCCACAACUCCAAUGACAACCACAUCACCAACAACCCAUGAAUCGGUUGUCACUGGUCCUCCAAUAACACCAGAACAUCAAGUCAGUUCAAUACCAACCACAACUGGGUCACCAACCCCUCCACCAAUCACUUGUCCUGAGUGGGACAAAGUGCAAAAUGAAACUUUCUGGCUCUGCAACUGCACUUUGGCCAGAUGCAUUGAAAACAACACCAUUGAGAUAAUUCCGUAUGAAUGCCCAGAGCCUGAGCCAAUCACAUGUACCAAUGGCAAGAAACCAGUGCUACAAUGGGAUGAGUUCUACUGCUGCCAACGAUUCGUGUGUGACUGCGUCUGUGAGGGUUGGGGAGACCCCCAUUACAUCACCUUCGACGGGCUCUUCUACAGCUUCCAAGGGAACUGUACCUAUGUGCUGAUGGAGGAGAUGUUGCCGCGUCACCACUUCAAGAUCUACAUCGACAACGUCAACUGUGAUCCCACCGAGGACGUGUCUUGUCCUCGAUCCAUCAUCGUGUCCUACCGCUCAACAGUUAUAACACUGAAGAAUCACAACCUCAUUGGAGCUGCUCAGUUGGAGGCUCUUAUUGAUGGAGUUUCCCUGAGACUACCCUUCACGCGGCACGGUGUGAAGGUGAUGAACUCUGGUAUCAACAUGGUCUUGGAGAUAGCACACCUCCAGGUGGUAGUUACCUUUGGAGUCACUGGCUUCAGCGUCAACCUUCCUUGGCAACACUUUGGCAACAAUACACAGGGUCAUUGUGGAACAUGUAGCAACAACCAGGCUGAUGACUGCAUGUUGCCUGGAGGUCAGCUGGUGGAGAACUGUGCUCUGAUGGCAGACUACUGGCCAGCCAAGGACCUCUACCAACCUGACUGCCAUGUGCCACCUGGAAUCCCCACCAACUCUCCUCUCCCUGAACCCACACAGAAGCCAUGCAAGCCAGACUCCUCUAUCUGUGAUCUCCUGAAAGACAGCAUUUUUGCAGCCUGUCAUCCAUUUGUCUCACCUGACAACUUCUACAAGGGCUGUGUCUAUGACAGCUGUCACGUGUCCAACCCAGCGGUGGAGUGCACCAGUCUGCAGACAUACGCUGCUGCCUGUGCCCAGUUCGGAGUAUGCAUCUACUGGAGAAACCACACCGAGCUCUGUGCCAGCGACUGUCCAGCUGACAAAGUCUACAAGCCCUGCGGUCCUGCAGAACAGCCAACCUGUGAUGACAAUCCAGACGAGUCUAGGAUGAACUUCACCACAGAAGGCUGCUUCUGUCCUGAUGGGAUGAAACUCUACAACAAGGACUCAGGGAUCUGUGUUGAUAAGUGUGGAUGCAUUGACCCUGAAGGAGUUCCGCGAGAGUUCAACGAGAGGUUUGAGUACAAGUGCCAGGAUUGCGUUUGUUUGGAAUCCACCAAGACUGUGAACUGUAAACCCAAGGUCUGCUCCAAACCACCAGUAGAGAUAUGCACUGGACCAGGCUUUGUAUAUGUCAACCAAACCGAUCCAUCCGAUCCAUGCUGCUCCAACCUCGCCUGCCGUUGUGACAGCAGCACUUGCCCACCUACCAACAUGAACUGUCCUAUUGGGUUCGUGCCAGUGGUUUCAGUCCCUGAGGGGAAAUGCUGUCCAGAACACACAUGUGAGCCUAAAAGAGUUUGUCUUCACAAAGGCGUUGAAUACCUGCCCAAUUCUAAAGUACCGAGAUCAGAGUGCCAGGAGUGCACCUGCACCAACAAAGUGGACCCCAAGUCUGGUCUUUACCAAAUUGACUGUGGAUUCAUGCAAUGUGACGAAGAUUGUGAAAAGGGAUAUGAGUACCAGGAGCCAGACUACUCCUCAGAUGACUGCUGUGGUAAAUGUGUUCAGACCCACUGUGUCCUCCAGAUCAAUGGGACCAUGCAGUUGUUGAAGCAUGGAGAUACAUGGUCUGCUCCUGGUGACAAGUGCCAGCAGUACAGCUGUGUGAAAAACGGUGAUAGUUAUCUGACCCAGAGCUCCAACAUCCAUUGCCCACCCUUCCAGCAGGCCAACUGCCAGCCUGGUUCAAUUCAGACCGCUGCAAACGGCUGCUGUAGAAUUUGUGUGGAGAAGGACAAGGCCUGUAAGGUAGGAUCCAUGAAGAGUUUCAUCAACCACAAGAGCUGCCAGUCUGUUGAGGAGGUGGAGAUGCCGUACUGUGAGGGAUCCUGCAACACCUUCACCAAGUACUCUGCCAUGGCUGCGUCUCUGGACCACUCCUGUGCCUGUUGCCAGGAGUCCCGGUCCAGUAACCGCACGGUGGACCUACGGUGUCUGAAUGGAGAUGUGGUGCCCUACACCUACCUACACGUGGAAGAGUGUAGCUGCAGACACAGCGACUGCAACAGAGCCAUUAGGGUGCCUGCCCGCAGGACACGCAGCAACACGCUGGUGUAAAUGGGAUCUGUACUAAUACAGAUGGGAAUGGUCCAGCACCAAUCCACUCGCUGCUUACUAAGGAACACCCUGCUACCCUGCUUCACAUGGCUGUUAUUUAUCUAAUCGCUUUGAUUUAUAUGUCAAAUGUAGAUUAAAUCAUAUUUAAAAUGUAGAAAUGUAUGCUUAAUUAUCUUAUUAAAAUGCAACCUUCAAAUA